CCACCUCUACCUCUCGUAACUAGUAGUGUGGCUCAGCUGUUUCUGUUUACUAAACAAAGGAGCCAGAAAUCAGUUCAACGGUGGACGGCGAGCGGGGCACGUUCGUGUGUCCGUUAGCGACACCACUUCUUUUUCUAACCCUUUUAGACCAACCAACAAACCGAUCUCGCUUCAUGAUCGCAGGCAAAAAUCGCGAGUGCUUCUAACCAGGAUAUUUCUCGAGCCUCGUCGAUUGUUAACCACCGGAUACCGGAGCGAUAUCGGAGGUCCAAAGCACGCAGUGAGACGAGGAAACAAUUUCAUUCGGACAAAUGAAUCGGUCUUUAUCCAUGCCCCCAAACUUUUCACUCCAAAAGGAAUCACCGUAGAAGUAACUUUCGUGUUCCCAAAACUAUCCAGUGACUACCCAUCGACCUGUUGUUCCAAUUCCAGUAGCAGAAAUGGCAACUCAAAUCCCAAUUCCCACAAUUCGCUUUUAAUAUUGAACGCUCGAACUUGCUUUGUAACCAUUGGCUCUCGAUAUCAAGAUACUGGAAACUUAUAAAUUUAAACGAAUGCAGUAAACAUGCCGUCAUUGUUGGAGGCGCUGGAGCUUAAGUACGGCAGUUCAACGACCGACUGCUCCCUCACGGACGAGGAGACCGAGUCGAGCUCGCCGAAGGCCGCCCUCUCGGUCAGCAUCUUCAUCCCGAAGAAGUCGCCCCGGCACACCGUGCCGGCGUUGCUCGUGCUGCAGGACUGCGACAUCGAGUCGGCCGGGAACGACGCGGAGAAACUGAGCAAGAAAUGCAGGAACGUGGAGGAGCUCGAUCUCGCGCAAAACAAACUGUCCCAAUGGACCGAGGUGUUCGGUAUUCUGCAGCACAUGCCCAAGAUCAAAUUCGUGAAUCUCAGCUUCAAUUGUCUGGCCGAGGUUCUCGAGAUCAAGCACGGUAGCUACGACAUGUUGAAGAAUCUCGUGUUGAACGGAACCAGGGUCACCUGGUCAACGGUCCAGGGAUUGAUACGUCUGCUUCGUAAUCUCGAGGAGCUUCAUCUUUCGUUGAACGAGUACAAGACGGUCGACCUGGACUAUCAAUUGCCCGAGAACAAGAACGUGUCCGUGAAAAAGCUCCAUUUCACCGGGAACCCCGUCGAGGUGUGGAACGAAAUUUCCAAGCUUGGCUACGUAUUCCCCAAUCUCGAGAGCCUAGUGCUAGCCGAGUGCCCGAUAAGGUCGUUGGCUCUCGUCGACAAUAGAAACUCGAACGAGGAGCCCUGCACGAAGAAGGGGGCGGGGAAGCUGAGCGAGGACAACGAGAAUAUGAACAGUCUGAGGGGGGAGGAUGAGGAGGAGGAGGAGGAGGAGGACGAGGAGGAGGGGACAUCGGUGGUGGACGAGAAGGGGAACAGGAUAUUCAGCGAGGGAAAAUUGAAUUACGAUAGAUCGGAGUCGGAAUCGGAAUCUAGUGGCACUACCAUCAGGUCGUCUCACGAUCCUUUCAGAAAGCUAAGGUUUCUGAACGUGAACGGCACCCUGUUGUCCACGUGGGACGAUGUCGAGCGACUUGCCAGGUUUCCAGCGCUUAAAUCGUUGAGGAUUCAGGGCUGCCCCCUUUUCGAGAGUCCUCGAGAAUACACCGAGCACGAGAGGCGGCAACUGUUAAUCGCCAGACUUCCGAAUGUCGAGACAUUGAACGGCGGCGGUGUGAUAUCCUCCCAGGAGCGCGAGGAUGCCGAAAGGGCCUUCAUUCGAUAUUACAUGGACAAACCGGAAGCGGACAGGCCGGAAAGGUACUCCGAGCUGGUGGCUAUUCACGGAAAGCUGGAUCCUCUGGUACACGUCGACCUGACACCUGAGAAGAGGGUCAAGGUCACAUUCACUUACGGAGACCUAGUCGAGGUUCGAUCCAUAGACGUGUACAGAACGGUUUUCGAGUUGAAAACCAAACUGGAGACGAUGGUGAAAAUCCCGGCGAAUAGGAUGAGACUUUUUUACGUGGAUCAGGUUAUGAAGGCGCAAUACGGACCGGAGGAGAUGCUGUACCCGAACAAACAAUUGUAUCGGUACAAUAUACGGAACGGCGACGAAAUCAUUAUCGACAGCAAGUUGAAUCGUUUUGUAUCGACGUCGUCGACCACGUCUUCCAUACGUUCAUGAAGAAGGUUCUCAAGCGAAUCAUCGGACGAUACGAAACAUACCUGACAGUUGUUGGGAUCCUGCUGACCUCCAGUGAAAAGUGAAUGAGAUAUCGAGAUUUCGAUCGCGGAUCAAUUUAUACGUGGAGAGACUCGGAAUUUUUUUACAUAUUACACACACACACACGCCGAAUAAUUGUUCUAGAAAAAAAUAUAUUAACUUAUCGAUUCUUCAGGGUUGAGAAAGAGUUGAUAAUGAUACGAUUGAAAGGCGCGUUUGUGCGUGAAUAAUGGCUGCGAGAGAAAGUUUAAAGUUAAAAAUUUUUACGAUACUCGGACGAAUUAGAACGUGUUUCUAAAAAGGGAAAUUAAAUUUUCAUGUACAGGCAGGUAUUCGUAUACUCUAUGCGACGUUUUUAAUGAAAACGAUUUUAGCGAAUGCGUUUGUAAAAAAAAAAAAAUAUUACGACUCUCUUCGAAGCUUCAUGUUAACCGUUAGCGUAGAUUAUUGCAGUCAAAUCUAUCAAGAUAGAGAUAUAAAUCCACUUAGUUAAAUAGUGUCCAAUUUAUCGAUUGUUUUUCGAAUAGUUAGAAGAAGAAAUAUUGCUAAGAGAUGAGAAAGUUCAUACGCUGGCCAUAUUAUACAAAAAAAAAAAAAAAAACUUUGAAAUUGUGAAUUUUUUGGAUACGAAAUAGGAAAAAUCAAAGAAAAAAAAAAGAAAAAGGGGAAAAAAAAAAGAAAAAAAUGUAGAGCUAAAUAUCGCAAGCGUAUCGAUUAAAAAAAAAAAAAUGGAAGAAUACGUUGAUCGACCAGUAGUGAUAUUUUUAAUUCCGCAGCCAAAUGUAUCGUGUUAGAAAACUGUUAUCUAGUAAAAAUGUUAAAUUCGAUUUAUUAAGAUUUUUGUAAUGGUAGGAGAUCCAUCAAGAUCAAGUUGAAUUAGCUUCGUGGAUGAAACAUUUGAAACGUAAUUCAACAACAAUGUGACAAGUAUGAUAAAGAUGUGUAUGCCGAAGAGAAUUAUUUUUAUAGAUCGUAAUUGGAUGCGAGAAAGACACAAAAAAAAAAGAAUCACGGGCAAUGAUAAAAAGAAACACACAUACACACACACACACACGUAUAUAUGUAUACACAAUUUUCUCUUCUCGGUCCCAACGACUAAAGUUUCGUUCUGGCCGAUGUAAAAAAUUCUUAUUCUCCUGCUUGAACAGCAAUUUCAAAGCGCGAUAUAUGUUUUUACACAGGCCAUAAAAAAAUUAAUGAAAUGUAAUAGUCGAUAAUUAAUUAUGGAUAAUUAUUUUUACAUCUUUAUGUUCAUUGUUUAGUGAUGAAGAUGCAAACAUUGAUGCUUUUUUUUAGAAAAAGGAAAAAAAAAAGGGAUAAACAUAACGAUAUAAUUUCAUGCAUUUUUUUUUUUUUUUUUUUUUUUUUGAUGUGUACUUAAGCUUGUCGGUUAUCGAUGCGCGAUAACUAUGAAUUUAAGCGCAAUUAAUUAUGUUUCUAUACUUUUAACAAGAUAAUUUACGAUUUUCCUUCAGUGUACUUUCUAUUGUAUGGAAUUCAUAAAUUGUACAAAAGAAAGUGAAAGAGAAUGAGAAUCGGUUAGCGAGCGUGUUACAAGACACUAGGAAGAAGAAAACAACGAUAUUGCGUGUUAUGGCUUAUUCCGCUUGCAAGGGAGAAACCUUGAAGAGUCGCUUAGUGCCUGCCAUUUAUUAGCAUUAACUCGAAUAUUUCUAUAACAACACUGCCCUUGUAAAUAUCAUAAAUUUAUACAUACGAAGCAACUUCGUCGACUCUUCAUGGUAGUGUCUUGACCAGCCAGUGUUUUUUUCACUGUGAUCGAGUCGUAUUGUAUUGGAAUACUUUAUUAGUUCCAAGAACGAGAUAUAAAGAAGAGAAAUUAUUUCAAUACGUAUGACGUAAAAGUUAUUUAUAAAAAGGAAAAAAGAAAAAAAAGAAAAAAGAAAAAGAAAAAGAGAGAGAUCAGCACUGCGCGAUUAAAUGAAGAGUCGGUCGACAUUUCUCCGAAAGAUCAAAUGCGGUAUCGUGUCCGUUUUUCAUUGGAUCUCAGGGUCAUUGAUGAAUUUAUACGUAUCGUGUCAAGUCGUUUGAUCGAGUUGUAUACGGCAAGUGUAAUCAUGGAAAAAAAAGCGAAGGGUAUAAACGCAAUAACCCUGAGUCCCCACGCCCCCUAUAUUGUGUCUAGUCUCGGAAAAGGAAACUGCAUUGUUCUCAUUUUAUAUGAUACGAUCCUUUUUUGUGCUGGCGCAAAUGUGUACGUACUAACGAAAUAAAAUCUUUAUAUGAGACGA